CUCUCAGAUUGAGUGAUCGGUCCCAGCUCAGCAUCCAGCCUUCACACCGGACGGUGCGCCUGUGAGAGGAAGAGCAGAGCCGCUCUCUGUCGUUCAGCUUGUUCACUGAGUUUACAGCCUCGCAGACAGAACUUUGGCCUUUUUGGAGCUUCGGAUCUUCGUUUUACAACAUUUCAUCCCGGCGUAAACAAGCGGAAUUUAAGCUUUGGAGGAGAGCGCAGCGGAGGUCUGGAGAUGAACCCCCCGUGUGCCCGCUGUGGCAAGAUCGUGUACCCGACGGAGAAAGUCAGCUGCCUGGACAAGAACUGGCACAAAGGAUGUUUCCACUGCGAAGUUUGCAAGAUGACGCUGAACAUGAAGAACUACAAAGGCUAUGAUAAGAAACCCUACUGCAACGCACAUUACCCCAAGACGUCCUUCACCAUCGUGGCCGACACUCCAGAGAACCUGAGACUGAGACAGCAGAGCGAGCUGCAAAGCCAGGUAAACACACACACACACACCUCAGAUGUGUGUACGAUGCAGGAGCGCCGCCAUCAUCUCUGACCUGCUUUGAUGAUG